AUGGCCGGUGCUAUUGUUGAUUUUGUAGUUGGAAAGCUGAAGGAGCAAGCCUUCCAAGAAGUCAUAUUCCAGUGGAGAAUCAAAGCUGAGGUGGAGAAGAUCACCGCUCGGCUAGCCAACAUGAAAGGCUACGUUGAGGAUUCAAGCAAGGGGAAACAAGACACCAAAGUAGCAGAGAGGUGGGCGACACAACUGAGGGAUACCACAAUUCAACUUGAGGACUUGGUGGAGGAGUUCAUGUUGGACUCCAAGCUUCUGGAACUCAACACUCCUCCCUGCAAUUUUUGUGAAGUCAAGUCCCUCUUUGCCAACGUGCAGAGCUUGGUGGAGAGGGUGAAGAUACAGUUUUGCUUCCAUCACCAGUUAAAGGCCAUAGAUGAGAAGCUACUUGCUCUAGAAACAGACAAAUCAAAGUACGGAAUAAAACUAAAGACAAAUGAUGGAAGAAAUGAGUUACUGAUGGGCAGUGGGAGCGGAUAUAUGGAGGGGAUAGAAGCAGUGGGGAUCGACAUGGAAGUCAACCGGAUAGCACAACUGAUUGAGAAGCGUAGUGGUCAAGUGAAGUUGAUCACAAUUUGGGGAGCUGGAGGUUGUGGGAAAACUACUUUGGCGAAGCAAGUUCAUGAAAGAGUCAUGGAGGAUCGCAGCAUUGAUUAUUGUUGGUGGGUUGAUGUGAACCACUCCUCAGAUAUUGAAUAUGUUCUGAGGACAACAAUCAAUGGGCUCUACACAAGUGUUGGAACAGAGGUGCCGUCUAAACUGGAGAAAGCAGAUGGAAAUUCUCUCCACCAACACAUUUGCAACUACUUGAAGGGGAAGAGGUAUGUUGUAUUUUUUGAUGAUGUUUGGGAUCAUACUCUCUUGGCUAAAAUAAAACUUCCGGGCAACCGUGCAUCUUCAAUUAUUGUCACUAGCCGUGAUAAAAAUAUAGCCAAUGGGUCUUUUCUUGGGGCUGCACCUCAUUAUGUUGAGGUGAAGCCAUUAGAAUUUGAUUUGGCAUGCACCCUUUUCUGCAAAUUGGCUUUUUAUUCUGGCAGCUGGCCUAAUGGGCUUGAAGAACCUGGAAAAGCAUUGGUUAAGAAAUGCUCAGGUUUACCUGUUGCAAUUCUUGCAAUGGCUCGGUUGAUGUCCACAAAAGGUGAUCAUCCAUCAAAAUGGUGGGAUGCUCUCAAAACCCUUGACUACUAUUCACACGAAUUUGAAUCUGAAGCAGGUGGCAGUCUAUCAUCUCUCAACAGAGCUUUGUUGUUGAGUUAUUAUGAACUGCCAACUCACCUCAAGUCAUGUUUCUUAUACUAUGCAAUGUUCCCCAAAACAUAUACCAUUGAUGCCGAAAGGUUGAUCCGCAUGUGCAUUGCGGAGGGGUUUAUUAUCAAGGAUGAUCCCCAUAGUGGCACAACACUAGAGCACAUAGCAAGGGAUUACUUCCUUCAGCUCAAAAAUAGAAGCUUGCUUCAGAUCGUUCCCAAUGAGUAUAAUGGUAAAGAGUUGGGAAGAAUUGAAAUGCACGACCUUUACCGUGAUGUGGCGUGUGAGGUGAUUAGAAGGGAAAUGUUUGCUGAAAUCAUCAAAUUGGAGCAAAGUACCAAACUUGAGUGGAAGCAAAGGCGUAGUUUGAUCAUCCUCGAAGAGGGGCAAAAGGUUGAGCUUGAUAAUUGCUACGAAAAUAUGAAGAAGCUACGUACACUCAUCAUCAACCACUGUGAAGGGAUGGCUCUGAAUUCAUUCCCUCAGAUGUUCCAAAACAUGAAGUUGCUCCGAGUUUUGGUGUUGAGACGCUUUCCUGGUGGUAUGGAGGAGCUGCCCAAUGAGGUUGGGGAUCUAAUUCAUCUUAAAUACUUAGAGCUGUCCAGUUAUCAUACAAGCUUAAGCAGCUGA